GUCACUUUUAAAUGUGCAGUGUGUGGACCAAAUUGAGUUAAUUUAUCAAAGUUGCUGUGUACAAACGCAUAAAAAUUUAUCAGGAAUUAUAAAAAAAUAAUUCUUAUCAACAGCAAAAAAAACGUACACAAACCAUUUGCGAAUUGAACUAAACGACGAGGCAGAAAUGCAAUGCACAAUAAAUUUUAUUGGAAAUCCUCUAAAACUUUAUUCACCUGGUGAGACAGUGGAAAUUAUAGUGGAACUUAAUGUGACUGAAGGUUAUCAUGUUGAUGAAAUCUACCUUAAAAUCUUCGGACAAGCCUGCUGUCAUUUUCUCUCUCGAAACGAUGAGAAGACCCUCACCGGUUGCGUCACAUACAUCGACAAGAAAAUUUCGCUCUUAAAUUUAACCGAAAUUCAAGCCGGUCUGAAUACAUUCGAAGCAAACUUCCAAAUUCCAUUGUACAUCCCUAGCUCGAUGGAAUCUAUCAAUGGAUACUAUAGGAAAGCAACUGGAUCAAUAAAGUAUAAAGUUGAAGUUCAUGUUGACAGCAAUUGGAAGCCAAAUAUGAAAUUUGAGAGUCCAUUUACAAUUUUAUCGCCAACGGAUCUCAAUGAGUUAUCACAAGUCAUCAAUGUUCCGCUGAUUCAUGAAGCUUUUAAGAAUUUUACACUUGAUUUCUCAACGAAGGAGCUUUAUAUGUCUGCAUCAAUACCUAGAAGGGGAUAUGCACCUGGUGAUAAAAUAUUUGUGACUAUAAAUGUUCACAAUUUGACUAGGACGAAGGUAAAGAGCAUUCGAGUGUCCCUGAAUAAAAUUAUCGUGCUGACAAGCCAAAAACCACUCGUUGAAGUCGUCAGAAUAAAAAUUGUUGAAUCCCUCGAAUAUUGUGAUAAAGUUAAACCUCAAGCACACCGAAUUUUCACAAAAAACAUCCGAGUGCCAGCUGUGGAACCGAAUAUUGAUAACUGUGAAGUUAUUAAAGUUGCCUACGAGCUUUGUGUGAAAGCUAAAUUCAGUGGAAUUCAUAGAAGUGUUUUGCUUAAUUUGCCAAUCCUUAUUGGAACAACGAGGUUGAGGGAUGAGGUUGCCAUGAGAAAAUACAGUUAUAGCAGUUUUGAGACAGACAUUUAAAGUGCUUUAUGUAUUGAAUUAUUGAUAAAACAAAUAAAUAAUUAAUCUAGUGUG